GCGUGUGAACCAAGAUGGCGGACUCGGUAGCGGCAGGUCCUGGAGAUGAAAAAGAGACGGAAAAGGAGGAUAAGGAGAGGGAGAAACUGGCUUUCCGUGCAACGACCAAUUCAGAGAUAAACAGCAAUGUGUCUGAGCUGACUGAGACUUUGGGGUUUUACGAGAAAAAGGCGAAAGAACAACGGGACACGCGCAGUGUGUCUGACCUGUCUCUGCUGAGGUUUGUCAGAGCUGAAUUGACGAGAGGAUAUUUUCUGGAACACAAUGAGGCCAAAUACACUGAAAGGAGAGAGAGAGUGUAUACCUGCCUGCGCAUCCCCAAAGAACUGGAGAAGCUGAUGAUCUUUGGCUUCUUCCUGUGUUUGGAUGCGUUCCUCUACGUCUUCACACUGUUACCCCUCAGGGUGUUGCUGGCACUCAUUAGGCUGCUAACGCUGCCAUGCUGCGGACUCAGUGGCUCUCGUCUCCUUCAGCCUGCUCAGGUGUGCGACGUGCUGAAAGGCUUCAUCAUGGUGCUGUGUUACUCCAUGAUGCACUACGUGGAUUACUCCAUGAUGUACCAUCUGAUCAGGGGGCAGUCUGUCAUCAAACUCUACAUCAUCUACAACAUGCUGGAGGUGGCAGACCGACUGUUUUCGUCCUUCGGGCAGGACAUCCUUGACGCUCUCUACUGGACAGCCACAGAACCCAAAGAAAAAAAGAGAGCUCACAUAGGUGUAAUCCCACACUUCCUAAUGGCUGUCCUUUAUGUCUUUCUUCAUGCCAUUCUGAUCAUGGUUCAGGCGACCACCCUAAACGUGGCAUUCAACUCCCAUAACAAAUCUCUGCUCACUAUUAUGAUGUCCAACAAUUUUGUUGAGAUUAAAGGGAGCGUGUUUAAGAAGUUUGAGAAGAAUAAUCUCUUUCAGAUGUCCAACAGUGAUAUCAAAGAAAGAUUCACCAACUAUGUGCUCUUAUUAAUCGUGUGUCUUAGAAAUAUGGAACAGUUCUCUUGGAACCCAGAUCAUCUGUGGGUGCUGCUUCCUGACGUGUUUAUGGUGAUUGCUUCGGAGAUGGCCGUAGACGUGGUGAAACACGCCUUCAUCACCAAGUUUAAUGACAUCCCAGCAGAUGUGUACAGUGAAUAUAGAGCGAGCUUGGCCUUCGAUCUGGCUAGUAGCAGACAGAAAAAUGCGUAUACUGACUACAGUGACAGUGUGUCAAGGAGAAUGGGCUUCAUCCCGCUUCCUCUAGCUCUACUGCUCAUCCGGGUGGUGACGAGCUCUGUGAGAAUCCAGGGUGCCCUCUCAGUCAUUUGUGUGCUCCUUUUUUAUUUUGGUAUGAUCACGCUAAAGGUGCUGAAUAGCAUCGUGUUGCUCGGAAAGUCGUGUGUGUACGUUAAAGAGGCGAAUAUGGAGGAGAAGCUGUUCCAGUCUCCCCCCUCUGCCACUCCCAGCAGAGCAUCCAGUAGGACUCAUCACGCCAAGCGCACACGAGAGCCAACAAGCGAAGCAGAAGAGGAGGGCUUAUCUUCGUCAGUUAUAAAUCAACCCGUCCAGCAGACGGCGAAACCCAUGCCAGAUCUCCCGACCAGCGCGUCGGAUCAGUUCCUCACGACGCCUGACGAGUCCGAGGACAAGAUUAUCACGCAGGAUGGGACAGAACUCAUCCACCGAGCUCCAAAGAAAGACCUGCUGGAGAUCGAUCGUUUCACGAUCUGCGGGAACCGAAUCGACUGACGCUCGACUGUACAGACCGACGAAAGCUGGAAGUUGUCUUUUGGCUUGACCUUUUGACAUUAGACCCUCUGCUCGAAGGAUCAAGGUAGAACCAGAAAGCAGGAUAUUUAUUAAAAAAGUGCACCUAAUUAAUUUAUUAGAAGUUUCAAAAUGAAACACGUUCACUUUUACCUUCUCCUCUGAACUGGACUCAAAGGCCUUUCCAAAGGUCCUCGACAGAACCAGGAACAGACCUUUUACCUUUUACCAUCUAGACAGACGGACAGAAAGAGAAGAGACUGAUCACUUCGGUCAUGUGACUAAACAAAGACCAAUGUUAAUAUGAGGUCAACCAAGUGGUGGCUUAAUAAGUGGCAUUUUCUUUCCCAUGUUAAGUUGCAUUUUCUUAAUUCUCUGAAAUUGUACUUGUUUGCUUUAUGUGCAACACUUUAUGUGAAGGUUCCCUUAACUAAUGUAUAGCAUGCAUUAACAUCAGAAAAGACCAGCAUUAUAAAAGCAUUAGUAAUCAAGGCAUGUAAACAGAUGAGUUGAUUGAUGUUUAUUGAAAGGCACGUGCAUUAACUGCAUUAUUUAGUCUGUGGAUAAAUUUAAUUUCAUAUAAAUUAGCAGAAAUUAAGGCGUAUCAUAUUCUUUAGGUUGGUCUGCAGGUUCAAUAUUCAAAACUUUAAUUAAUACAAACGUUAGAUACUUACAGCUUAUUAAUAUGAAAACUUCAUCAUAGAUGUUAACUCGUACAUUAAAUGUUAGUUACAGGAACCUUAACGUAAAGUCCAACUGAUAAGUAGCUCAGCUUUGUGUGUCUGCAUCGAUAAAUCCUCCACCUGGCUCGGAUAUCUCGGUUACAUUCAUUUUCUAAACUCACUUUGGACCACUGAAGUUAAGCACAAACAUACAGUGAGUAGAAAUAUCAGAAAUGUAUUGUGCUUUAACAGGUUUUUUUUUUUUUUUUUUUUUUUUUUUUAAUCUACUUUUCUGCCAGUCUUCAUUUAAGCUGAACACCUUGUUAAUAUCAUACAUUACACUUCAACGCUUGUGAAUUGCACAUUAGUUUGUUACAUAGACAUUAAACAUGUAAAGUUUAUACACACAGCCACAUCAGAAACUGGAUCAACACUAUAGACAGAAUCCAUUAGUUACCUGGAAGUUUAAUAGUCUACACGAGGUAAGUUUAGAAACUUUAUUUCCUGUAUAUAAUGAAAAAAGAGAUGUAUAUAUAUUUUUUGUCUCUGCCCCUUUUUUUAUUAAUUUUUUUUUUUUUUAAACCUCCCCCUUACAUGCAGAAUGCAUAUUCAAUGCUUUUUCAGUCACUUUAUUUUACAUUUCUUAUGGUGUAGAUUGAGUUGCUGUAUUUUGUUUCUUCUACUUUAACACAUUUUGCCAAACAGAAUUUGCUAUUAUUACGUUGUUUGUCAUACCAGUAAAGAUUCCGAUAUUCAGCAUAAUGCCAACUAAUUUAUGCAAUUUUACUGUGUGUGACAGUAAUACUGUGGUUUUGUAUACAUUUAAUUCUACAAAAGGUGUUCAAGUCAAACCAGGACUUCUGAUUGUGCAGAACACAGUUAUGAGAGUAAGAACUCCCCUUAUUUCUCUAUAUAAUCCCCUGCUACACUAAUACACUUAUUCCAGUCUUUCACUAGUGCUUGGAUACCAUCAAGGUAAAAGGUUUUCUUAUUAUGAUGUAGCCAUGAUCAGAGCAACUGCUUCAUGUCUGAAACGCUGGCCUCCCAGGAGCUCCUUUAAUAGCCCUGAUAUGUUAAAACGACAUUUACUCCAUCUAAAUGUUUUACUCCGACUAAGAGUCUCAUCACCGUACUUUGCUUAAUUUUAUCACAAGUCCUGGUUUGACAUGCACGGCCUUCGUACAUUGCUAAAUUGCCGUUUUUGAUUUCAUGCACUUAAAAAAGUUUGAAAAAGAUCAAGUUGAAGAAAAAAUAGCUCUGGGAACAAAACAACAAAUACAAUUUAAUGCACAUAAUUUGUUAAUUUCAAGACAUCAUUUUUUUUCAAUGAGCAUUACAUCUUGCACGAAUAUAACAUUCAUUUAUACAUAAAAGUACAUAGUAAGUAAAAAUAACUUUGGCAGUUGGUAUAAUAAUGGUGCUGAUGUUUGAGCAAGUAACAUGUCCACUUGUGUUCUCUGCUGUAAAUGUUAAAAAUCUAAAUUAAGCUCAAAUGAUCCACUUUAUGAUUUAGAGUGAGGUUCAGAAGGAAUUUUAAAUAAUGUUUAUUAAGGCGAUAUCGCCCCUUGCACCAUAAUUUAUUUAUGUAUGUCUAAAUAUGAUUUGGGAUGUUGAUAAAAUUGCAUUCAAAAAUAAUUCUCCUACAGCGUUGUGGACCAGUAAUUAUUUAACAAUUUGUAAAUUAUAGAGAUUUAUUAGAAUAUCUCCAAGAUUGUGAAGAAGUACUUAUUUGCUUAAAUGUGUGCUUUUUGUUUUUUUUCCAUGUAAAGACAUUCUGAAGAUUAAGAUCAUUUGCAAGAGUGUAUUAAAGUGUCAAAAUUGUUUCCCUGUUAAUGUUACACAAUGUUAUGUCCAGCCGUACCUGUGUGUUAAGAAUGGAUCUGAUUUUGAAGAAUUAAAUUAAGAAAGUAAAUGCGCUGAGGCAGAACAGUGUAAGUGACUUACAAAUAUGUUGUUGUUUUUUUUGAGGGGGGGGGUAAUUAAAACUGCCUAAACGUUCAAUAAUUCCAAUCAGAGCUUUCAUUUAACAUGUACAGCUGUCUAGAGAUGUUACUUACACGCUUCUGCUUUCAAGCCUUUAAGUUGUUCUUAUUUUUCUAAACUUUAGAAAUUCGUCAGGUCAUUACUGUUUUUUUUUUUUUUAUUAGUUUGUUUGUUUGUUUUUGUUUUGUACUGGAAGCCUUCAUACCAGCAUCACAUUAAUGGUUCAUUAAUGGUACCUCCAUAAACAUAUCACAUCACGUCAUGUAUUUUAUGCAUUUUUAUUUUAAAGCUGCUUUUUUCCUGAUUGUCCACACCAUCAGUCAGUUUCGUCCAUCAGUUUGAUAUUAUGAUCAACUUUUUUUUUUUUUUUGAGGAACAGAUUGAGAUUUUCACAUUAUUUUUAAGAAGGAUUUUCAGGCUAAGGGUAGAGGAGGAAGGAAUUGUGUUGGUGAAUAAAUGUUUUGU